GCACCUAAACUGACACCAUGCCAGUGUAUAUUAGGAAAGGUCCUUUAGAAAUCCCUCCAGGUUCUGAGAGGGACUGGGCAAAUGAGGAUGAAGAAGAAGAUUAUUUUCUGAAGGAUCCAGACAAAGCCCUUGAUUAUUUACCACAACCAUAUAGGAUGAUCGACAAAGUUUUGAAUCUACUAAUGGACCAAGUAUGGGAGUCUGUUGUGACAAAAGAGCAGCACCGAGAGGCAGAGAAACUCAAGAUGAAGAUCAACAUUCAUCAACCAGCAGCUGAAAUUCAUAUUACCAGAAGGGUAAACUGCAUGGCUGCCGGAAGCGCAGGGAUGUAUAUCUUUGCUGGCCUUUCAGAAGGAGUAGCUGUUUACGACAUGUCCGAUAUGAAGCAGAUUUGUGAAUGGGAAGCAACAAAAAUUGAAAUUUGCUAUAUCAGCGUUUGUCAUGUGAAAAAUCAGAUCUAUCUCAUCGCUACAAUCGAUGACAUGGGGGUUGCACGCCUUCUAUGCUUCUCAGGGGACAAUAUCAGUGUUUUGAAGGUCAUCAAUGAACCUGAGGAUAUAAGUAAGCGCACAGUCUGUGUACAGUUUGAGAUUGCCCAUGGAGGGGAGCAUGCGGGUGUGAUUCUGGAAGGCAGCCAGGAGUCUUGGCUGGAAGUGUAUAGAUUGCACAAGGAUUCCUGGCUGAAGGAGCUGGAACAAUCACAGACCUUCACAACAACAGUGACAGCAACAGCCAAGCUCCCGCCAAUGGGCAAUAUGCCCAAUGUGGAAACAAAAUUCACACCACCUAUGCUUGUAAUGAAGAUCAAGUCUCCUAAGCCAUUAACAGGUUGCUCCUUCAAGAAUCUACAGGAGGCAGUGCAGAAGAAUGAAGACAGCUGUGUUUUUGGAACUGGUCAGAAUCAUAUAAUCAGCUCUGAACAAUGGCAGCAACAGGAGGCAAUAUUUAAGGGUAUAUUUGAAAAGUACCUAGAUUUAGAAGGUCCCAGGAUAGCAGAUGGAGAAAGGUCAAGGCACACAUCCUUUUGUUUUCUUCAGCCCAAUAGAAUAUUACAUGGAGAGUCAGAAAGAACCCAGACAGCUUUGCCUAAUGCUAUAAGUGUGCACUGGAAUGGAUGUCACAAUCUCUUUACCUACCUUCUGGGCCUGCCUGUUAAGGAUAAAUCAGAUGUGGACCCGAAGCCUGACAUUGUUUGGCCCUGUGCAGCUGCCAUCACAUGUUCAGCAGUGAGUUCCUGCACCUCCUACUUAGCCCUUGGUCUGGAAUAUGGAACAGUUACAGUCUGGGACAUUAAAUAUUCUGGCUUUCCGUUAGGAGCCAUUGCUGUUCCAGAAGGAAAGUUUAUCGGCAGCUUAUACUUUCUGGAAUAUCCUGCUUGUAACAGAGACCCUCCAGCCGUUCCCAAAGCUCAGGUCUUGGUGUGGUGCACGGAUAAAUCUCUCUACCUCAUUUCCGCAGCAGGAGGCAAAGAAACCAGUCUUGUUGUUCUACGGGAGAGCCUGGAAAACUCAGAAGAGCAGAUCAGUGCGGUUGUACCAGUUCCGUCACUCCCUAAUGCGAUCAUUUUGUUUUAUCGCAGUGGAAUAGUAGAACUCAUGGAUGUUUCACUGAGGGAAGCAGUUUGUCAGUUCCGCUUGCCAUUGUCCCACUGGUUGGCAUUUCCCUGGCAUCCAGUAUACACACUUGGUUCAGACAACCUCUGCUUAUACCUUAAAGGUAAUGUGAAAGUAACGACUGGGGACAAAUUAGCAGCCGGAGAUGGGGCUUGUUCUCUCUUUUGCUUCAGUCUGAAUGAUUUGCCACUUGUGAAAUCAUUCAGGAAGACACAGCAAUUUGCAGAGCUGUCUUCACACUGCUUACCUUGGGAACAGAAAUGUAAGAUGCUGUUACAGAAAAGGCUGCAGUGCUUUCCAGAGAGGACAAAGCAGAUAGCAGAGACUUGGGCUCGACUGAAAAAGCAAGCCUCGCCUUUAAUACAUUGAGCACAUCUAUGAAGAUAUUGGAAAGGGGUUU